GUGGAGGUUGUCUUAGUUUUCAGCAUCGCAUGGACUGUUUAAAUAACACUUUCGGUAUCAGUACGAUUUAUAAACAUUUAAGCGCAGAUGUGAAUUCACAGUGAGGAUGACAUGCACUUCAUGUGUGUUAGGGGGUGAGAUGUUUAUCGGCACAGAAAUGUGCUGACGUUUGUGCUCAGCAGUUUGGCAAAAACAUGUCGUCCACUGAGGCUGCCAGGGAGUUCCAAGCCAAAGAGCGCAAAUGCAGAAAUCAGCUGAAGAAGCAAUUGGCAAAUGCACUCUCAGGAGAUCUGAACCGGCUGCUGCAUGAGGAGCAGGAGACUGAUGUCACUCUGUGCGUGGGUUCUGCGGUUCGGCUGAAAGCGCACAGAGCAGUGCUGCUGGUCCGAGCUCCUCAUCUCCUGGAGGGAGCUGGGUCAACUACACCUGUCAUCCACCUGCAGGGGAUUGAACCUGCAGCCCUCAAAGAGUUUAUACAGAAAGUGUACACAGAAGACAAGUGCCUGGAGAAGGAGAAUAAUGCCUUAAAUACACACAAUGGACACCCACCGGUAGUGAACGGUACCUCUGCAGACGGCCAUGAUAUCAACUCUCAGGACAGCUCUGACACAGGUUUAGAGCAUUUAGAGCCAGCCUCAGGGCUUGGGGCAGAUCUUUUGGCUCUGUUUCAGAGGGGUGAUAUGUUUGACAUCAGCAUCCAGGUGGCAGAUGGAGUCUUUUCAGCACACAGUCUGGGUCCAGAUGAGAUGGAGGUUCUGCUUCAUUUCAUGUACGGUGCCAUCGUAGACUUUCCUCCAGGAACCAAUGUCAGUCAGGUUGUGUUAGCGGCAGACAUGCUGGGCCUGGAGGGGCUGAAAGAUGUGGCUGAGAUGGUCCUGACCCAAGACUACUGCCGCUUUUUCCCAAAGAUGGGUCGCGGAGCAUUUUGUGAAGUGCUGGUCAGAGAGGAAUUUUGCCUUCCUCCCUCCAGAACUACAGAGAGAGUGCCUCAAAACUGUCAUCGCAAACAUGUGCAGAGUGUGGUAUCUGUGCUAUGUGGCAAUGAGCAGCUGAUUGGCAGUCUGCCGGAAGUGAAAUGGGCAAAGCAGUUGCUGAGUCUGGCCAAUGAACUGCAAGAAGAGUGUCUGCAGAUGAUUGUCAAACACCUGCCCAAGGUCACACACACCGCUGCCUUCCACAACAUCAGAAAGAGAGAGGAGUUUACACAUGACCCUACUCUCCUGAGGAAGGUGUGUGGAGCCGUGCGAAAGGGCAUAACCGUGGAGAACUGCUGUGAACUCUUUACUACCAUGGAUCAGCUGAGUGGUGACCCAACAGAUGUAGACAAUCUGUCUAAUGAGAAAGCCAAUCAAGAAGGAGUGGAGCCAUUCAGGCGUGAGCUGUGUUUGCUGCGCACAAGGCUCUGGACCUUCAUGCUUCAGUCCUUUUUUGCAGUGCGACACACACAAGGAUGGGACACUUUACAACCCAAAUAUCGGGAAAAACUGCUUGCAGCGGCUCUUGAUAAAGGCGACUGGAAAAGACUUGGAAAUAAACCUGUGCUCACCAGCUCUCAGAAGCCUGCAAAAUGCCUCUCGGGCUCUUCAUCUCCAUGUGAUAGUCCUACUCACCGUCCCAUUAAGGUAUCACAGGGUCCACGCGCUUCCCCUGCAAGACUUGUAGCAGCAGUGUCAGGCACCAUGAAGUCUGAUGCUCUUGGGCCAACAGCUCACACGGCUCCUGGUGGGAAAACAAAAGCUGGUAACAAUGUCUCACUCCGAAGCAAGAAUGAUAAGGAUAAGCCAACUCACUCACCAGCUAAAACCAAAACUGCAUCCACUGUUAAACCAGUGUUGAAUGGCACUGGUGGUUCAGGUGCUCAGCGGGAGAAUUCCACAACUUUAGGUGCCCGUGGAUCAUCCACAGGGAAGGUAGUGCUGGACAAGAAACCCAACCCUGGAGCAAGGCCAAAGUCUUCCCCUGCUGAUAUUGUGGGUGCCCAGACUAAAGCAGGAAAAGUCCAGAAGAACACAACAUCAGGGAAAGAUAUGCCUCAGGAAUCUGCCUCUGACAGCACCAGCAAUGCCCGACAUGUCCAGAAUAUUUCCUCCAACUCUGGCAGCACCUCACCAGACAACAGCACUGGGAGUCCUCGCGACAAUGGCCACAGUACAACCACAGGUCUCAGGUCAAAACUUCAAGCCAAGGCAACAACAAAAUCUCCUCUGACAAAACCUGCACAGAAACCAGACACUGACAAGUCUAGCAGUCCCACAAAUAAAGCAAACAAGGCUAAACCCACCACAACCAACCAAGCAAGACUUGGAAUUCCUGCAACUCGCUCAGAUCCAAAGAGCAGGAACACAGUCACAGGACUUGCAGAAAACCAUGCUUCAUCCAGACCUGGCUCAGCCCUUAGCUCUAGAAAGCCUGCCUCCCCCAGAAAAGAAGUAGAGAAAGAUAUAUAUAAACCUUCAACCACUAAGAAAACAACAAAUGCCAUCCCUGAGUCAAAAGCUUCCACAUCUUCCUCCAAGCAGUCGCUACCCUCCACAAACAAAACAGGACCCAAACAGAAAGCUUCAGAAAUAUCAGCAACAAAAUCAUCUCCAAAAUCAAUGGUAGCAGUCAAAAACUCAACUCCUGCUGGCUAUAAAAAAUCUGUGGUUGCUGUGAAGCAUUCGGUAUCUUGCCCCUUACAGUCAGACUCUAAAAAAGUCUCUCUGCAGUCAAAUCUAACUUCUACUGCAGGUAAGGCAAGAGGCCAGGAAGUGACUUCAUGUGUGGAGAGUUUCACAGCUUCUUUAUCACUAGAGCAGAAUUCACUGCUCAGCCCAGCCAUUCUACAACAGCCAGAGGCUGUGCAGGAAACAGUGCCCCAGGCUUCAUCAGCAAAUUCCACUAAAGGUCAUGAUAUGAUUAAAGGCAGUAAUCCACUUAGUAAACUAAGCAGCACAAAGGUGAAGAUUAAGUCAGAAACACAAAACUAUGUGAACUCUGUAAAUACAGAUACUUCUGGACAAUGUGAGGUGAGUGGAAGUAAAUUUGUUUCAGGCCAUUCCAUUCCUCCCCAUACCACUGGACCAGGUCAUAGCCUCCAUUCCACAAACUCUUCAAAGGAUUCUGACUUCCCUGCUGAUACACCUUGCAGUCUAGGCAGCAUUGAGACGCUCCUAGAGGAUACAUGGAAUGGGCAUCAUCCCCAGGUUAGCCCUGAGUCAGAGUCUGUCAGUGCCACCACCUCUUCUGAUGACAUAAAGCCACGGUCAGAGGAUUAUGAUGCUGGCGCCUCGCAGGACGACGACUGCUACUCCCAUGAGCGUGGCGUUUCUAAGUGCGGGACCAUGCGCUGCUCUGACUUCCUGGGUCGCAGCAGCAGUGACACCAGCACACCUGAGGAACUCAAGAUGUACGAGAGCGGGGCUGGACUACGUGUGGAGGUGCGGCUUAGAGGACGGGAGGCAGAGACAACAAGUGAAGAAGAGGUGGGGCGUCAGAGACCAAGAUCAUGGAUUAGAAAGGAUGACAUGCCAAUGGAGGAGGAACCCGGCAAAAUGGAUACCACAGCAACAAAUAAGAAGAGUGCACAUAACCACCAGCUUUUUUCCUCUGAGGAUGAGGAGACUGAAGAUGAAACAUCUGAAGUUGAAGUACUGCCAAGAAGCAUGGCUCCCCCAGUUGCAGAGCCAUCUCCACCGUUUCAAGGUAUUGUUAACCUGGGAUUCGAAGAUUCUGUGGACCAAGAGAAUGAGCAGCUAGACUACCAGUCAGCUUCUAACUUCUGCCGUUCUGUUUUGCUCUCUGUGGAUGAGUGUGAAGAGCUUGGAUGUGAAGAAGGAGGUGCCCAGACACCACCACGCCAGUCGGGUGAUUGCUUCACACAUUGUGAAGUUUUUGACAGUGAACCACCCAAUUCCCAGACCGACUUCUGCUCCCAGCAUUCAACAAGCAUAGUGAAGGGCAACCAUAUCUCCAACCACAAGGAAAACGCACAUGAGCCCAAACCUGUGAUGUUCCUGACAGAAGUCCGUGAAUCUCCACAGAAAGAUUGUGUGCAUAAUAAAUCAGAUGCCCCUGUGUUAGACAGAUAUAUCAGUAACCUACCUGCUCAGGAGCGUCCCAGUCACCUUGACCUGCGGCUGGCAGAGCAAAUUGACAGUCUGCAAGCUAAGCAUAUAGACAGCAAAAAAGCUGACUUACGGCUUGACUUACCUGAGCUGCAGCUGACUGCGAGCUCACUUGCACACUCUCCAGCAGGGGACUUUGAUGGUUGUGACACAUUGGAUCAAACCUGCACACAUGACCGACGGCCGUCUAAAGCCCUGUCCCCCAUUUACGAGAUGGAUGUGGGAGAAGCCCUUGUACAAAGAUUGGACAAGGACAGGAGCAAUGACCUACAGCAGAAGCAGUCACAUUGGGAUGGCAAAGGUUUAGAGACAGAGCGAGUUAAAGAGGAAGUGGAGAAUGAAGACAGUAAGUUUGCAGAAAGAGACUGGAGCCUACUUCGACAACUACUGUCUGACCAAGAGUCAAAUCUGGGCAUCAUAAACUCAGUUCCAGAGGAUUUAAACCUUGCACAGUACCUGAUCAAGCAGACACUGUCCCUGUCUCGAGACUGCUUGAAUGAACAGGAUUACCUAUAUCAUGAGAAGGACACAUUUAAGCGCUGGGCCGAGCUUAUUUCUCCUCUGGAGGACUCCACCACCAGCAUCACUGUGACCAGCUUCUCUCCCGAGGAUGCUGCUUCUCCACAGGGGGAGUGGACCAUUGUGGAGCUGGAAACACAUCACUGACAGCAGCAGUAACGCAGAGUCUCCUGGUUUGGAUUACAGACACCAUUUUGACUGCACUCUGGAUUGCUGCAUCCCUGCCUAAAGGCACUAUAAGAAGGACUGACCUCAAUGCAGUUGUUUUGCAUGUGGGCAAUUUUUGAAGUUAUUUUUUACUUAAUGGGUGUUGCUUGAAUCUUUGUAGAAUACCAAAAAUGCAUUUUUAUUGUCGCUUUUUAUGUCUCUGAAUGAUGAAGCUUAUAAAAUAUUUUAAACAGAGUGUAGAGAGUGUGUAAGUGGUUCUGGUUUACGUUCAUUGUUGUAUUCAAAACAGUAAAACCUUUGAUGUUUGAAUUUUUUUGCCUUUUUUCUUACCAUGUCAUUUAAAAAAUGUAAAUAAAUAUUUUUAUCUGCCCAUACCUUAUUGCUUGGAUAU